ACUACAUUCUCUGCGCAAGCCAACCCGACAAAGACAAGGCUUAAACUCGGCGACCUCAAAACAAGCACUAUUCUUUGUAGUUCCCUAUGGACUGUCGAACCUCACGCGCGACAGUCGUUCUUGAGCCUGGGUCGCAAUAUGGCUCCUGUGCCAGAAAAAAUCCUGAACUGGCUGUACAGUGUACUUCCUAGUGAAUAUCCAGAUGUGAACCGCACCUACUCCGACGUCGCCGAGACCCUCUCGCACUACCCUUCCCUGUCUCCAAAAACGGAGGUCUACACCUACGAAAAUGGUGCAUCCGCUCUGCUCUUACAACUUAGCGGGACACUUCCAGUGACCUUUCGAGGUGCCACAUACGCGUUCCCUAUACAACUAUGGGUGCCUCAUCGAUAUCCACAAGAGGCCCCCAUGGUAUACGUUGUGCCCUCCCAAGAUAUGCUUGUCAGGCCGGGCCAACACGUCAGUGGAGAUGGAAGGGUAUAUCACCCAUACCUAGCACAAUGGGGCAAAUACUGGGACAAAUCCACAAUUUUCGACUUCCUUGCUGUCUUGCGCGGCGUUUUCACCAAAGAACCGCCAGUCCGCUCGAAACAACAAGUACAAUUCAAUUCUUCCAACACGGCUCCAGCACCUCCACCAGUACCACCCACACCAGAGGAAUGGCGUAGGUCAAUGCAAGGUUCUCCUGCUCCGUCUCCAGCUCCUCUCCAACGACCUCAGCCACCACCCAAACCGCCGAAACCAUAUGAAUCCUCUCCAAACCGGCCACUCCAGCAGCCAGAGGCACAGUACGAUAGAGCAAGACCCCCUUCGACUGUAACAUACGCACCACAAAUACCCGAAAGACCAUAUGGACGACCAGAUAGCUGGCAACAGCCCUCAGGACAAUCUCAGGUAAUACCCCAACGGCAACCAAGCUAUGACACAAACCCGCCAACUCCAUUGGGACGCCCUUUGAGGCCACAUAUACAAUCACAGGGGUCACAGCAGCCUUUUCAGGCUGCUUCGUAUGAAUUAGGGAGCCCUGUUAGUCCCAUCACUCCGGAGGGACAGCCGAGGAACUCGCUGUCUCGAUACCAGCAACCUUUCCCCCCUCAACAGGUUCCUACGAGUCAUCCAUACCCUCCCCCAUCACAGCAUCGUGGGAACUUUCCCCAAGGCCAGUUCCAACAACCACCACUCAAUGUGUACCCUCCGUCUCAGCGACAACAGGCCAUGAUGCCUCCAACCUCACAAAUACCCCCAAAGCCGAAACAGCCCAUUCCGGACUUACUAGACUCACCCUUAGAUGUGACAUUGCCAUCUCAGAGCGGACAAUCAGCUCCGAUUCCAGCACCGCCCAUACCACCAAAUCCAGAGAAGGACGCUCUUCUCACAGCGCUCUCCUCCACGCUAGUCGCCCAGCUACGGCAGAACAUCACCGAUAACAUUAACGCUAUUGCUCCACUGCAGGCACAACAACAGGCGCUCCGGGAAGCACAUUCCCGCCUCCAGUCAGAACUCGAUCAGCUGCAGCAAUUGGACGCUGCUUUAGCAUCGAACGAGCACAUCCUCCGUGACGCCAUGGUGGAAGCGGACCGUGUCAUGGAAGAUGCCCGCACCCGCAAAGUGCCAGACGUCGAUGAGGUGCUGGUCGCGCCAUUCGUCGUAGGGGGGCAAUUGUAUAUCCUCUGCGCUGAGGAGCGAGCCUGUGCCGACGCCCUGUUCGUGCUAGGUCGAGCAUUGGAUAAAGGUCGCGUAGGCACUGACGUGUUCAUCAAGCAAACACGGAGUUUGGCUCGCGAGCAGUUUCUGAAGAAGGCCCUGAUCAAAAAGAUCUCCAAGGGUAUGGCAUUAGACGAGUACCAGAUGCGUUGAUGAAGUGACUUUUGAUCGGCAGCGGAAGUGGCUCCGGCUAGUCCAAGGGCCCUCUCUGCGGUUCUGCAGUCAGUCAGCCGCUCGCAUCGACUUGGCUCCCGAAUAACUACUCCGUAGAUGAACCAAUGAAUAUUGCUUCGCCAGCUACUGACCUCAUAUCGACCAUGCAGCCACCAUCCAGGGUGAAGGUGCUUUUGCAAUAUUGAUUGUGGAAAGAACCAGGAAGACUCUACAUGCAUAUGGUACCGAUUCUUCUCACAGCUAAUCAAGUACCAUACUACAAGGUACGACAUGAUAUUAUUGAUCUCUCGGGUCGGAACAACUCCGAAGGGCAUGGCGCAAAGCGUGUUCCGCCAAUGUAGCAAUAGUAGGUUAGCCC